GUCUGCCGGCCGCCGGCGCUGGUCCGGGCGCGGGGCUUCUCCGGCGGCGGCCCCGGGGCGGUGUGCGCGGAGGUCGGGCGCCUGCGCCGCGGGGACACCGCUGAGCCGCCUCGGACGCCUGCGGAACCCUGUGUCCCCGCGCGCUCUGGCCCUGCCCCGUGGGCUCCACUCGUUCGUACGUGCCGCGGCCCUGCAGCUCCGGCGUCCUGGGGAGCGCCCCAGGUCAAGACAGCUCUCGGGUUCUCUGGUCGCGUCUGUCCGGGGCGCGAGUCCCGCCGCCUGCACGGGUCGUCCGCUGCGGGUUCGCACCCGAGUGUGACCCGCACGCGCCGGGGCUCGCGGCGUCCGGGAGCGGUUCGCGGUGUUUGACGUUCUCGGACUUCUCCCGCGCGCAGCCUCCGCCUGGGACCCUUCCUGCGGAUCCCGAUUCCCAGCCGAUCCUCUGGCAGAAGCCCGACUCUGCACCCCUGAGUCGGGUCGCUUCUGCCCGUGCCUGCGGCCGUCCUGCUGAAGGUCACUUCACGGCCCGCCGCCCCUUUGCUGAGAAGUUCUCAGAGGUGUCCGCCUCCCGGUGGAAUCAAUAAGAACUCCCUAGUCCUGCUUCCAACACUCGGCCCGACGUGGCUUCAUGGAUUCUGCACCGCUUAGGGUUAUAGUCUAGCUUCCGGGAGUUCUAGACCCUUCCCGGGCCCUGUAGCCCACCUGGCUGCUUGCUACUGUUUCUCAUGAAGACUUUUGAAGUCCCAAAAGAAAGCAGACGAGAAACCAAUAUUUAAACAAAGGUUUAAUUCAUUGAACAGGAUUAAUGUCAUACUGCAGCAUUUGGGUCCGCGUUAUUCAGUCAUAAAGCAAGGUCAGCACAGUCAGCAGGCAGGUUCAGACUUUGGAGUUGAUGCUGUUUUACCACGUAUUUAACUGGGCUGCUUCGGUGUGGUCUCUUCUCCGCCUUUAGUUGUGGACUUUGUUCUGUCAGUCUUAAGAGAAUGUCUAAGCACACGGAUGCCGCAGAAGUACUGUUGGAAAGAAAAGGUUGUGCAGGAGUGAUAACACUAAACAGACCAAAGUUCCUAAAUGCACUGAAUCUUAGUAUGAUCCGGCACAUUUAUCCACAGCUCAAGAACUGGGAACAAGAUCCUGAAACUUUCCUGAUCAUUAUAAAAGGAACGGGUGGAAAGGCUUUCUGUGCUGGGGGUGAUAUCAGAGUAAUCUCCGAAGCUGGGAAGGCAAACCAGAAGAUAGCUCAAGAUUUCUUCAGAGAAGAAUAUACACUGAACAAUGCCAUUGGUUCUUGCCGGAAACCAUAUGUCGCUCUUAUUCAUGGAAUUACAAUGGGUGGGGGAGUUGGUCUCUCAGUUCAUGGGCAAUUCCGAGUGGCUACUGAAAAGUCUCUUUUUGCGAUGCCAGAAACAGCAAUAGGACUGUUCCCUGAUGUGGGUGGAGGUUAUUUCUUGCCACGACUUCGAGGAAAACUUGGCUACUUCCUUGCAUUAACAGGAUUCAGGCUGAAAGGAAGAGAUGUGUAUGCAGCAGGAAUUGCUACACAUUUUGUAGAUUCUGAAAAGUUGGGCAUGUUAGAAGAAGAUUUGUUAGCCCUAAAAUCUCCUUCAAAAGAAAAUAUUGCAGAUGUCUUGGAUGCUUACCAUGCCAAGUCCAAGAUUGAUCAAGACAAGUCUUUUAUACUUGAGGAACACAUGGACAACAUAAACAGUUGGUUCUCGGCCAAUACUGUGGAACAGAUAAUUGAGAAUUUACAGCAAGAUGGUUCAUCUUUUGCCCUAGAACAGUUGAAGAUAAUUAAUAAAAUGUCCCCAACAUCCCUAAAGAUAACACUAAGGCAGCUCAUAGAGGGCUCUUCAAAGACCUUGCAAGAAGUAUUUACUAUGGAAUAUCGGCUGAGUCAAGCUUGUAUGGGAGGCCAUGACUUUUAUGAAGGUGUUAGAGCAGAUCUUUUCUUCUUGGUGGCUGAGUACAAAAACAACAACAGCAACAGCAACAGCAACAACACAACCUAUUUAUCCAAGAGUAAAUCCAGAACCCAUCCCUAUUUCAGUGCAUUGGCGAAUAUCUCCUUCUGCAACGAGAGGAGAAAAGAGAAGAGAGAAGACUUCCCCUCUCAGUCCUGCUUCUCUGCCAGCAUCUGCGAAGGGGCGCACGGAUUCUCACUGCUGAACUGUCACAUUUUAUCUCUUAAUGGAUUCUUGCUCCAGGAGUCAAAGGCUGAUGAAAGGUCAAAAAAAUAGAAACUAACAUUCUAUUUUAUAGUGAGUCUAACAGAUCUAUGAAAGGACAGGACGAGAGUAAAAACCAUGGACUGACUACGGCUGCUCUUAUCCACUUGCUAUUUGUUUAGAUUAAAUUGUUUAGAUCAGAUCAGAUUAGCCUUGAGGCCCAGGAAGCCCAGAUGCACUGUUUCUGCAAAGUAAACUGAGCAUAAUGUUAGAGGGAAUGUCCGUUACGUUACUAGGAGUGCCUCUUGGCGAACAUCAAGAAAUGCCCUCUAGAGCCUGGCACACGCUGCAUUCUGGGUUCACCUGUACUGGGCCAUCCCUGCGAGGCUGCUAAAGGCAAGUGCCCGGACAGGGCAGUGGGAGGCAUUCCUGAUCCUGUCUGGAGGCGAAGGUUUCUACCUGCGGAGUCUUCCUUCACGCCCUGGCAGUGGUGCUGAAAUUAGUGGGAGCUCCUUCUCAAAGAACAGCUAAAAUUCAGUUUCUUCUCUAGGGCUGGCUGGCUCCGGCACAGCUGACCAUAUUGAUUAAGAACUCUGGCUGCGGAGUUGUUCCCUCCACGACUUAAGCAAGAAUGCGGAAAGCAGGCUGUGCAGGCUAUCUUGGAAUUAUGCCCAAAUGUAAAAAAGAGCAUGAGAAAAUCACCCUCAUAAAAAGAGAAGAGGGUCUGGGAACUCAGAAAACCACUGACGAUGGAUUAAAUUUGCCUUCACUUUACACCAGGUAUAGUUUGAAAAAAAAAAAAAAAAGCAAUUGAAUUAUAAAUCUAAAAAUCAAGGAACUGAACUAAAGCCCUGGUUUUUUCCCUAAAUAAUUGGGAAGUUUUAACAAUUUUCAAGCCUCUGAGGAACUAUUUGCUAAUCUAUAAAUCAAAACCAACUAUAAAGUUACAUUUUAGCCUUCUUCAUAUGUCAGUAUGAAGACUAGAAGUGAUUGAGCAGAAGCUAAAUUAAUUGUUAGUUCUUUUAAGAUUAAGCAGAAUAGAGGUGCCUGGCUGGCCCAGUCUGCAGAACAGGCGACCUGACCUCAGGGUGGUGAGUUCAAGCCUGACGUUGGAUGUAGAGCUUACUUGAAAAAAAAAAAAAAAAAAGAUAGAAAAGAAGAUUAAACAGAAUAAAAAAAAAUCAGUAUGUCUUUCAAAGUUAAACUUAAUGUUUUUUAUAUAUUUCCUCUCAGUCUUUUAUAUAUUCUACAGUAAAUAUCUAUCCACUUGUACUUUAUAUAACAGUUCUUAUCCAUAUACUAUUCUAGCAUAGAAUUUUGAUUUCAGGUAACAUUAAAUAGUAUUGACUUUUUCUAUAAUUCUUAACUACAAAUUUACAGAAUUUAACUGAAUGAAGUUUCAUUUAGGGAGACAGUCUGGGCUAUAAUACAUUUCUGAUUGGAGGCAAGUCUGACUACACAUCUUUGUGACUGCAAAUGGACAUGUGGCAUCAUUAGAAAAUUUCACUGUUAUAUUAAAGAAUUAAAAGUUAUUUAUCCAUGAAA